AUGUCAUCUAGUAGUAGACUUAAGGCACCUGUAAAAUCAUCAACAUCGUCAUCCUCUACAUCAUCAUCUUUAACAAGACCUUCUUCAUUAACUAAACCAUCUACAACAACAACAACAACAACAAGUAAACCAGCGGCAAAGGUAGCUGCCAAACCAACUGCUGGAGUUAGUAAACCCAAACCAAUAUCUAGUGGACUAAAGAAACCAGCUACAUCAAAGACAUCGUCACCUUUGGUAACACCUGUAGGGACUACUACUACAACUACACCAAGUGAUCAAGUUGAAGAUUCAUCCAUUUCAAACCAUAAUGUUGUAGAUGAUACUAGUAGUGGCAGUGGAGAAGAGGAACGUACAGUGGUAGAGGUUCAAGUUGUAAAGUCUGAGCCAAUUGUAUUGACAACGGUAGAGAUAUCGGAGCGUCGACAUGAUGGUGAUGAAGAGGGUGUUCCUGCAAGUGAUGGAUCAACAACCGCUGUGAGUGAACCAAAUGAUGAGGCUAUCCCAUCAUCCGUUUCAUCCCCUGCGCCAUCAACAUCAUCCAAAUCAACAAAGACUAUAAAGACAACUACCACAACCACAACAACCACUACAACUACAAAGACAUUGUCAUCUUUAAAGAAACCAACUUCCACCACUUUAUCCUCCACCACUAUAAAAUCCCCAACUUCAUUGAUCAAGAAACCUGUUGCUACUACUACCACUACAACACCAUCUAUUUCCAAACCAACUACUGUAAAACCAACACCAACUACUGUUACCAAACCUUCAACCACUACAGCAGGUUUACCCAAACCUAUUGCAACCAAAUUAACAAAACCAAUUGCAUCUGUAUCCAAACCUGCUGCCACUGCUGCAAAGUCAACAACAGUUGUAGCCAAACCACCAUCUACUGUGGUAACCAAGCCAGCAGCAGCUACUGUUGCCGUAAAACCAACUCCAACCAUUUCAAAACCAAGUCUAGGAAUUAAAUCAACUUCUUCUACUGUACCAAAGCCAACUACCACCACAACAACAACAAAAACUUCUACUGUACCUAAACCAACUACUUCAACGACUACAACAAAAACAAUAUCCAAACCAGCAGCAACAGCGGCCAAACCAGCAGCAGCUGCCAAGAUUCCAACUAUUGUUAAACCUGUAACUUCAAUAGCAAAGAAACCGCCUGCAAUUGUAUCAAAACCUACUACGACUGGAAUUAAAAAACCAACAGCUACAACAACUGCUAAACCAAUUACAAAAACAACUGUAACAACAAAACCAACAACUGUAACAACUUCUAAACUAGCAGCAGUCUCGACAAAGACAACUACUAUUCCAACAAAAUCAACAACUACUCCAACAAAAACUACUACUACUACUACAACAACAACAACAUCACCAACAAUAUCAAAAUUAGAUUCAUUUACAACCAAUAAUAAUUUAUUAAAUAAUGCAAAAGGAUCAAAACCUCAAGGUCCAGCAGGUAGAAAGAAACCAACUGUAAAUCCAGUAAAGAAUUUAUCGACCAAAUCAAAUACAACAACGUCUAGUCCAUCAAAAGCUAAACGAAACAAUGAUGUUAGUGGAUUUGGAUUGUUGGCUUCAUUAUCAAAGGAUGCACCAUUUAAAGAGGAUGGUACGAUUGAAUGGAAGAUGAAGAAAUUAAAUAGCACUCAAUCUGCAGAUUCGAUAAAGUUGAUUAGAUUCUCUGGAAAGAAGUCGAUUGUUGGAAGAUUGGUGGAAACCAAUCCAAAGGUUAUAAGAGGAUCAUGUUGUUAUAUUUUGGAUGCAGGUGAUCGUAUCUAUGAAUAUCGUGGAGCCAAUUCAAACAAAAUACAGCAAGCUAUGGCACUAGAUCUAGCCACUAGAAUCAAAAACAAAGAGCGAGGUGGUAGACCAACUGGAUUUGUUGUCGAUGCUAAACAACCAAACAAACAGUUUGAGGAUGCAUUUUGGCAACUACUUGGUGGAAAACCUCAAUCUAUUCCAGAUGAAACAGAGACUGAACGAAACAAUACAUCAAAAAUGAGAGAUAUUCUUUAUGAAAUCAAAGAAUCUGAAACAACCAAGAAUGUCGAGUGUAAAGAGAUCAAGACAGAAGCAAAACGUGUGACUCGAGAUAUGAUGGAUACCAACUAUUGCUAUGUAGUUGAUAGUGCAAGUGAAAUGUAUGUUUGGAUUGGAAAGACUGCCAAAGAACCACUAAGAAAACAAGCAAUGGAAUUUGGUAAACAGAUAAAAGAAGCACGUAAAGGACGUCCUGCAUGGGUACAACUAGGCAGAGUGGUCGAAGAUGCAGAGACUGAAUUGUUUAAAGAAAAGUUUGCUGGUUGGGGUGGUUCGUUGCCCAUCCAAAUGGCACCAGUUCCCAAAGGUAGAGUUGCUGAAGCAAAGACCAAAGAACCAUUCAAAGUCGAUAAAAUGUACCAGUCUGCGCCACUACCACCAUCUAUUGCCAGACCUAUCGACGACGGCUCUGGAACUAUUCAAGUGUGGAGAGUCAAGGAUCACACCAAAGAACAAGUACCCAAGGAAUUGUACGGACACUUUUUUGCAACAGAGUCAUAUGUCAUCCUCUACAAAUACCAACAACGAAACAGAGACAUGUACGUCAUCUACUUUUGGCAAGGUAAAAAGAGUACCAUCAAUGAAAAGGGGUCGUCAGCUUUGUUAACCGUAGAUCUAGAUGAUAGUAUUGGUGGUAGUGCAAUACAAAUUCGUGUCGUUCAAGGUAAAGAACCAAUUCACUUGCUCAGUCUAUUCAAUGGGUGCAUCAUUGUUCACAAGAAUCUUGAUUCUCUAGAAUCAAAAGAUUCAAUGUACCAAAUUAAAUAUUGUAAUAAUAAUCAACAACAAAAUCAAAUUAGAUGUAUUGAAUUAUAUGAUAUUAAUCCAAAAUAUUUAAAUUCAAAUGAUUUAUUUAUAAUCAAAAGAAAUUCAAAUGUUUAUGGAAUUUGGAAAGGAUCAAAUUGGAAUUAUGAUAUUAGAUUACAUCCAUUAUUAUUUAAAUUAAUUGGGUUUGGUCGCGAAGAAGAAGAAGGAGAAGAAGAAGAUAGAUUUGAAUCAAUUGAAAUGAUUAUUUGUAAUGAAAAUCAAGAACCAAAAAGAUUUUGGAAUGAUAUUUUAUCAAAUGAACAAGAAGAAACAGAAUUAUUAUAUAAUAAUAUACGAUUAGAAAAAGAACCAAUUAUGUUUCAAUGUUCAUUUUCAUCUGGUAUUUUCACGGUUGAUAAUAUUAGAGAAUGGGAUCAAGAAGAUUUGGAUGUUGAAGAUGUUAUGAUUUUGGAUGUAGGUCAUUGUAUCUAUUUGUGGAUUGGUUCAAGAUCAACGCAAGACGAAAGAAAAGAAUCAAUGUCUACCGUAUUGGAAUAUGCCAAGUUCAAUGGUAGUAGAAGCCAAGAUAUUGUAUACUUGGUCAAUAGUCAAUUGGAACCAUUCGAAUUCACAACCUAUUUCCAUAAUUGGGAUUGGAGUAAAUCUAAAUUACCUUUGGACCAAAGAAAGAUGAUCACCCAAUCGUAUUGUAAAGUUAAGGACUAUUUGGCUGACCUCAAUCGUACCUAUACACUCGAUGAAUUACGUAAUAAUCCGCCCCGUGCUCUCGACAAUAGUAAAUUAGAAAGUUAUCUAACCGAAGAAGACUUUGUAUCUGCAUUCUCAAUGGACAAGGAAACAUUUUAUUCUCAAAAAUUAUGGAAACAAGAAAAUCUUAAAAGAUCACUUGGAUUAUAUUAA